UUGCUGGAUAUCAGUACUGAGAAAAUAUUCACAGAUGGUUUCUUCCAACUGUUGGAAGUUCACUACCUAACAAUUAAUCUACAUUUUGUUAUUUUCAUUCCCUGGGGAUGUUAUCUUUUUAUUUGUAAGAUUCUAGAGCAUAUCAGUACCAUGGUGGGAUCAAUGGAAGAGUAUAAUACAUCCUCUACAGAGUUUACCUUCAUGGGGCUGUUCGGCAGGAAGGAUACAGCAGGACUUCUUUUUGCCAUUGUCAACGUUAUCUUCUUCACUGCACUGAUGGCUAAUGGGGUCAUGAUCUUCCUGAUCCACACCGACUCAUGCCUCCACACUCCCAUGUACUUCCUGCUCAGCCACCUCUCCUUCAUUGACAUGAUGUACAUCUCUACCAUUGUGCCCAAGAUGCUGGUCGAUUACAUGCUGGGCCAAAGGACCAUUUCCUUUGUGGGGUGCACAGCUCAACACUUCCUCUACCUCACCUUGGUGGGAGCAGAAUUCUUCUUGUUGGGCCUCAUGGCCUAUGACCGCUAUGUGGCCAUCUGCAGCCCUCUGAGAUACCCUGUCCUCAUGAGCCGCAAGGUCUGUUGGAUGAUCAUAGCAGGUUCCUGGUUUGGGGGGUCUUUGGAUGGCUUCCUCCUAACCCCCAUCACCAUGAGCUUUCCCUUCUGCAACUCCCGGGAGAUUAAUCAUUUCUUCUGUGAGGCACCUGCAGUCCUGAAGUUGGCAUGUACAGACACAUCUCUCUAUGAGACAGUGAUGUAUGUGUGCUGUGUUUUGAUGCUGCUGAUUCCUUUCUCCGUGGUGAUUGCCUCCUAUGCCCGAAUCCUAACCACAGUCCACCACAUGAGCUCAGUGGAGGGGAGGAAGAAAGCAUUUGCCACCUGCUCAUCUCACAUGAUUGUGGUUACCUUGUUCUAUGGGGCCGCCAUGUACACGUACAUGCUACCGCACUCUUAUCACACACCAGCUCAGGACAAAGUUUUCUCCUUAUUCUAUACCAUCCUCACACCCAUGCUAAACCCCCUCAUCUACAGUCUGAGGAACAAGGACGUGACUGGUGCUCUGAGGCGGGCCUUGGGCAAGUUCAAGUCUUCACAAAGAGUGUCAGGGGAUGCCUUUUGA